AUGCGUGGACUUUCUGGUUAUCACAUCAUGAUAGUCUCGAAGUACCUUGAAACUAUCAAAGACUUUAUUAACUUGGAGUUGGUAUGCAAGAAGUUUGGUGGCAAUAUGGAGAAGUUCCACUUCAACCCGAUUUUGUUGAAUUCCAAAACAAUUAGGUACUUUCCAAACAUCGAGACACUUCACUUGUGGGAUGUAGAAGAUGAGAAUUUUGGCAAUGGAUUUAUGAUGAACACAAAAGAAAAAGUAGAGUGUGAAAAUAAAGGUGUUUUGAAGAAAGAGUUCUUUCGAAUCAUUGUGUGGUUUGAUGUUGACUUUGAAACUGUUGACAGAAACAAAAGUCGAAACAUCGAGUUUAAAAUAGUUUCUUACACUCAAAAUGAUAGAGAGAAAUUUGGUAAUGUCAUACCAUCAAGUGUUACAUCAAUUGGUGAUUGGUGUUUCGGUGAAUGCAGUGGUUUGAGCGGUGUUACAAUACCAUCAAGUGUGACAUCAAUUGGUAAAUAUUGUUUCUAUGGAUGCAGUAGUUUGAGCGGUGUUACAAUACCAUCAAGUGUGACAUAUAUUGGUGGUGGUUGUUUCAGUGAAUGCAGUAGUUUGAGCAGUGUUACAAUACCAUCAAGUGUGACAUAUAUUGGUGAUCGUUGUUUCAGUAGAUGUAGUAGUUUAAGCAGUGUUACAAUACCAUCGAGUGUGAGAUCAAUUGGAAUUGAAUGUUUCCCAUCAGAUACAAUAGUUCAUCGAAAUUAA